UGGACUGCACCUUUAAUAUCUUAGGAUGAGCCUGUCUGGCGCUCGGGUUUGUCCACUAAUUAGUGUGUAGGUGGAGCACAGGAGGAAACCGAGCGGAGGGCGACAACAGACACGUUUGCUUUGGAUCAGUUCCUGGACGGGGAGAAGAAACCGAGUGAAGUUACCUCACAGUUUGGAGUCAGAGUUGAUCUCAGACAGUCGACAGAGUCCGGUGGUGUUGGAGGAAGAUUUUACAGAUGAUUGAAGUGUCGAUCCCCUCCAUGGAGAGGGAAGUGGACGAGUCGGGAAAGUCCAAAAAGCUUUUCAGAGUUGAAGUCUUGUUCAAUGAGAGGAAACACUUUGUGCUCAGAAGAGGCAGCGAGUUCCAGGCUCUGCACCGAAAACUCAGGAAAAUCAUCCAGGUCCCCGACUUCCCGAGCAAAAGGAACCCCCAUCUGAGGACCAAACCUCCAGAGCAGAGGAUGCAGGAGCUGGAAUACUACGUCCAGGAUAUCAUCUAUCAGGAUGAUGACGUGCCUCAGGUGCUGCUGGACUUCCUGCACGUUAAACACUUUCACACGGGGAACAAGAUCAGCAGCAUGGAAUCACUGGAUGAACUGGACAGUCAUGAUGACUGUUAUCAGUUACAACAUCAGCGAGUGUUUGGAUUUUUCCAGGAUCCGUAUAUUUCUGACCGCAGAUCAGAGCUCCCUGAUAUUGUUGUGGACGGGGUCCUUCAGGGUUUUUACCCCCGGGACAUCCGGGUCACCUUCACUGCCCCCACCGUCACCGAGCCUGACUCCUCUAUUUCUUUAGAAGAAGCCUGAUAUGAUAGUUUGAAAGAGACAAAGUUUUAAGAUAUCCUGUAACAAGGGCAUGAAAGAUGAAAGAAAAAGCCAUCAGCUUACAGUUACAAGCUGUUGAAGAGAAAUAGCCCAAACCAGGUCACUUUGAGGAUUCUUUUGUCCAAAACCAGAAGUCCCAGUGGGAUUUUAAUCUCAAACCAGCUUUAUAGUUCUCAUACUUCUGGUGCAAUGUUCAACCUCAUUCAAGCCCUGUGACUAUCUUUAUCCCCACUCGGCGUAUGUGACUGCUUUUGUACACAUGAAGAUGGGGAUUAUGUAGCAUUAAAUAGAUGUUUAGAGAAUGUCUUUUAUUCAUUUUACUGUCACUGAAGUUUUAAAAUAGAAGAGUUUUAAUAGAAAGGUGUGGGUGUGUAGAAAGACUUGAAUUUAAGGGGAAGAGAGGGUAGAUUUUUUUAAUGAUGUCAGUGAGGAAUGUGGGCAUUUAGUUGACAAAACAACACCCUCGCUAGUCAACACCAGCAUUAUAUAGAAUAUUUUUAAUGUAAGGCUGAAAUGCUUCUCAUAUGUUGUGUCCAAGCUGCAGUGCAGCAACGCGCCACUAGCAGGGGCUGUGGCUCCUAUUAGUGACCACUGCUCUACUACAGGGAUGUAAACAAACACAGAUGACUGGCAGCAUCCCGUAGCGUGGUGUGGUUUGGCAGUAUUUUGAUCUAGAAAAGUUGUAUAUAAGCUGUGUCUGGUUAUACUGCUAUAUAAACACUUGACUGGAGCAGUGUUUAAACAGCGCAGGCAUGUGGGCAUUAACCUGUAAGGAGGACCAAAGGCUGGUGGUGCUAGCUCUGCUGACUGUAGCCACAUUGUUUACCUGCAGACUCUGAUCCUGUGAUUAGCCGUGUUGGAUAAAUUAAGCUGAAAUCCGACUGUUUCUGAGUGUUUCCAUAAGACUAGUUGGUUGGCAGAAGUUAAAAUUUUCCCUCAAACGACCUGGAAGUUACUCACUUCAGUACAUCCCUAGUGUUUACAUUUUUACUUAUGGAUACACACUUGAGAAAAGUGUUCCAAAAACAUGUGCGUAAAGUGACCUUCAAUUUCAUACCAUGUUUUAGGACACACAGCCUUUUACCCUUCAGUCCAAACAGUGGUGUUUAGGUGGAGGUAUUUUGUAUCAUUUUGUAUGUAAAGAGAUGGUUCAGUAGAUGGUUUAUAUGUCAUUUUUGUAUAAUCUUGUUUAUAUCUUAACUCCAUAUGAAAAAUUAUAAUAAAGAUUUCAACAUGA